AUCUCUAUCACCGUCCGGAGAGAACACAGCUCAACUUGAUCACCUGCCUCUUACAAGGACCGCGUUGCAACCGUACUAUCGGGUACAAUGACCACUAUGAGAAACCCCGAGGCCCGCUCUCGUCCUGGUAUCUUCUCCCGUGCAAAGCAUAACAAUGCUACCGUCCGUGCUGCAAAUCGUUGGGUCGGAGAUAAGUUCCCAGAGGAACCCUCGGAAGACCUUCCUGUUCAGCUUCGACUGGACGUCUCUCCCGAUAUCCUUCAAGCUCAGCCAGACAUGCCCUCUCACGUCUACAUGGUAUGGGUGAUCGGCACAAUGAUGGAGCACGGAGUCCAGCAGGUCGUCGAACGACGAGUGCACCUCACUGGUAGCCCCGGCGACUAUGCGCACUACACGGACGAUAUCCGCGCCGUCGAGGCUGCCUCUACUUCUUACACCGAGCUCCUACUCGGGAACUACACCGCCCUGCAGCGCAAGCGCAUCUUGACUCUCGCCGAAGACGUCCCGUUCAGUCCUCACUGGGCUAGGAACACGUGCAAGACGUGGAUGUGGCUCUUGCUAAGCGCGAUGAACACGGAAGGCUUGCUGAAUCCUCCUCUCCUGGCUGGGACGACCCAAGAGACGGCCAUCGCGGAUCCACGGGAGAACGCGCUCGGUCAACAGUUGAUCGAUCGGCUCGUCACCGGUCGACCGCUAUGGUUGCGCGCGCUCGCCGCGGAAGCGUAGGCAACGCACUUGUAUCGAGUAAGGACCGAAUACCAGCCACACUAGGAGCAUACCACAAUGUUAAUCUGAGAGUUGUCGAAUCCC